ACACCAGAUAAAAACCGUCACAGGAGCCCGCAUGUCGCAUGAGUAGAAUUCAAUAUGGCGGCUUCACGAAUGUUAAGACGAGGAUUUGAUUAUGUAAAAAGUAAAGAGUUUAGGGAAUAUUUAUGCAGCACGCACUUCUGGGGACCAGUUGCAAACUGGGGUUUACCACUUGCUGCCAUAGCUGACAUGAAGAAAGACCCAGAGUACAUCAGUGGGAAGAUGACAACAGCUCUGUGUAUCUACUCCAUGCUGUUUAUGAGGUUUGCAUGGAAAGUACAUCCCAGGAACAUGCUACUGUUCGCCUGCCAUUUUACUAACGAAGUCUGUCAACUAGGACAACUAGGGAGAUUUACCAAAUACAAGUUGGAAGGUGGCAAGCAACAGCCUGCUUUGGCUAUUGAGUAUGAAAGCUCUUCAAGUUAGGAAGAAAUACAUAAUAUUUUCAUAAAAAUUGUUUUAUCAUACUGUUUUUCCUCUAGGAACAAAAAUAUGUUUAUUUGUAUAUAUAAAUUACAAUUCUACUGGGACUGUCAUGGUGGUUUUUCAAACCCAUUUUUCGAGCACCGAUUACAAUUACGAUUACUCUGGUGGCCUUAAAAUGGGUGUGAAAAACCUUCUUGACAGUCCCAGUAGUUACAAUGGCUACAUACAUAUUGUCUUAGAAGUACUAUUUAAGAAGUUAUCUUAUAACUUGUGUGUCUAAUCAAUAGAUAUUUAUAACCAUUUUAACUGUAGAUUUGUGCUUGGAGAAACUUUUAAUUUAGAUUUUGCAACCUGCUAGUAAAGGGGACUUUUAUAAACAACAACUUCUUGUCAACGUUUUUUUUAGUUUUUGAUGCAGACAACCAUCAUUGAUAAAAAUCCCAAAGGCUUAGCUAGGCAAGCAGUUAGGAUUGUCCCUACAGCCUUUUAAAAAUAUAAAUAUGUUAAAGUUCUACCAAUUAAUGUAAACAACUGUAUGUAAACAAGUUUUAAGUGUUAAAUAAAAUGAUUUUAAAGGAC